GUGGGGAGCAGUCAAGUUGCCCUCCGAGCCACCAAACAGGUCAAGUCGACCUUCCAGAGCAGGGCCGGCAAAGAGGGUGCUGUGCUGUCUCCCGCAGCCGCUGGCUGGCAGAGGAGUCCGGUAGUGACCCUGUGCCCAGAACCUGCAUAGAUGCCCGUGGCAGCAGCAAGGGCCCGGCCAUCGGACGUCACAGAGGCAGCAACCUCACAGGCGUCGGUGUCCUCAGCUCCGCCAGCGCCCUCCGCCCCAAGCAAAGAGCGCACUGGAGGCGGAGGGGCAGCAGCCACCAACGGGUACCCCGACGAGACAGCCGCGGCCCGCAUGGGGCGCACAGGUGGCAGCGUGUUCCCCUGCUGUGGCAAGGAGGCGGUGGAAGUCCUGGAACCCCAGAUCGACUUUGCCCACCGCGACUUCCGCCCCCAGCUGACACAAGAGGAAGGCAAGACUGAGCUGGAGAAGGAACUGCUAGCUCAGAAGCCAGAUCCAGACUCCAUCCCUGAGCUGGAGAGCUUGGAGAGGGAGCCAUCACCACAGCCAGCUCUCUGGCCAGAGCCCGAGCCCGAGCCCGAGCCCGAGCCCGAGCCCGAGCCCGUAGAUGACAGCAGCUGGAAGGUCACUACCCUGCUACUGUGCCAUGAGAGCUCCAGGCAGCCAGCGGCCCCCAGGCACCAGCGUGUCAGGGAGAAGUUCCCAGUGUCCCCCAGGAGCUGCUGCACCCAGACCUCCAAGCACCUGUUUUGGGCUGACAAGCUUGUCCAGGCAUCAGACCACAGUUUGCAGAGGGCCAUGCCCAGGCAGGACAACCAGGGCAGCAUCAAGAGCACCAGACGCCAGGGGCCGAGGCUGGACAGGCAGCCAGCGGGCACCAGCGCCUGCCCAGCUCUCACAGCCACAGGGACCCAGCCGCCACCAGGUCCCCAGGCACCAGCCAUGGGGCUGGUAGAGGUGGUCCACUUUGCCACAGCCCUGGCCGUGGUCCCCUCCAGCUGUUUGGUCCUUCCCAGCUUGGGACAGAAAAUCAAAGUCCCAUCACAGAAGGCUGUGACGCCCUUGCAAAGGCCUAUCCAGCACACCUUGGAGAAGGAAGAGCUGCUGGAGAAGGCACCAAAAGCCAGGGCUCAGGAAGAAAAGAACCAGCCUUCCUCUUUCCUGGACUUCAGCAACCAAGGGUUCAGGAAUGCCACCAUUGAAGGAGAAGUGAGGUUCCUCCAGACAGGGGCCACGUCCCCCCGAGUACAGGAUGCCAGUGAAGACUCAGUUCUGGGAACCAAGAAAGGGAGUCCAUUGUUGCUGAAAAUCCAUUUUAAGAUGUCCUCCUCCCCAUUCCAGAGAAGUGACUGCAGAAAAGAUUAAAGCCUC